AUGGCUGCUGCUACCAAUAUGACUUACCGCUUCCUGGGUGACUCGGGCCUCCUUGUGUCCAAACUUGCACUCGGUUCCUGGAUGUACCCUGACCAAGCCCAUACUAUCGACGCCUGGUACGAUAUGAUGAAGACUGCCUUCGCACAAGGUGUCAACUUCUUCGACUCGGCUGAGAACUAUGCAUUGGGUCAAGCUGACGUGCUCAUGGGCGGGGCUAUCAACAAAGGAAUCAGUGAAGGCCUAUGGAGUCGUGAGGACUUGGUG